ACUGAACAACAUUCUCACAUGAUUGGAACACCCGUAACACAUCCAACGCCUCUCCUCAGGCCACGUGUUUACUCGAUUCAUCCAACGGUGCCUGCACUCCCUAUUAUAUAAAAGAACCUUGAGCGUUUGCGUUUCUCUCUCUCUCUUUCUUUCUUCCAACUUCUUUGUUGUUCCCUUUUUCUGUACGUUGGGGAGAAAAAGGUCAUCCAUUGUUCGUGAAAACGAGGGUUUCGAUUGGCUGGUACUUUUUGGGGCUAAAUUUUUGAAUAAUAGACACUUUCUCAGAUUUUAACGCUUAGGUUUCUCCAGCAAGAGAGAGCUUUCUUGUUCAACAAGAGCUUGUGCUUAUUGGAUUAUCAAAGAGUUUUGCUGCAGAAUUUUGACACCGUUGGGUAAAUGGCUGUGGCUUUUACCAACCUAUCAUGGUGGUUAUGGAGUGGAAAGCAUCAAGAGCCAAGAAUCUCAAACAGUUCUUCUAUAAAUCCUUCAGCCGAUUCAAAUAUGUGGGAAUCGGAUGUUUUGAGGUUUCCUUUGGUCAAGCAGGCUAACAUGGGCUCUUCGACGAGGAGGGUGAAGCGUAAAUGGCAUAGUAGGGAAGAGAGGAAGAUGGAUAGGGAAUACGAUGUUGUUCUGGUUCCAUCUGAUGGUGGAUGUGUCUCUGGUUCUGAAUCCGAUGAUUCUGACUGGUCAAUUGGCUGGUUGGAACCUCAUGGACCUGGGUUCCCAAGUGAUGAUGAAACAGAUAACAGCUUUGCCGUGCUGGUUCCCUGCUACGGGCGAGAACAAGCUUAUGAUAUGAUGGUGGAAGACCCGGGAAGCAACUUUCUGAGUGGUGUUGGGAACUUCCCUGAUAGUUAUUCAGAUGAGAGCAAGAAAUAUGUGGAAAACUGGCUUUCGGCUCUUCGAAACACCUGAUGGACAAACACUAAUCAUUGUGAUUCUUGUGUCUGCAUGAAGAAAUCCCACUUUUGUGGUUAAGCCAAUAACUGUGUAUAAUGUAAAUACUGUUUAAAAAAAAAAAAGAAAAAAAAGCAUGAACCAUGAGGGAGCAGAUUAUGGUUCAAGAAUAAAGCAGUUUGUGAUGCUCUAACCUCUGUAUGAAAAUGUUAUAAUACUGCUAUGCUGAUUCCUGUCUCUCACUCUCUUUUGAGAAUCAAACAUUGUGCCUGAAUUUGGAGUCAAGAGAUCUGGAUGAAUUUGAAUUUGGAGCUUGCAAUUCGUUGAUGUAAAUAUUUCAUUGUGUAGAUUCGGGAAUUGAUUGUAAUAUAGAAAUCACGUGUACUUAAAAAACAGUUCAUAUAGCUGUAUAUGAAUUUUGUAUAAUAGGAUGUACUCUCUCUCUCUGUGUUGUUGGGUUCCCAUGUAUGUAGAGUUUAAAACAUUUUUGUAUAAAUCCUAACUCAUUUUAAUUAUUAGUAAGUAAUGGAUUUUGCUACAAAAUCUGCAAA